GAUGACUUGAAGGCGGUUCCAAGGUGUCGCUUCUUGUAGUGCAAAUCGGCCCAUUGCUGCUCACGGCGGUGGUUGCGCAGCUUGCGCGCGGCGUUCAAGCCUCUUGGCUUUCCUUUACCCAUCUUGACUGCAGGUAUUGUUAGCAGCGGUUGUGGUGAUGGAUUUGUCGUUCAGAUAUGGGCGUGCGGAGUGGUGCGAGAGACGCAUUCAGCUGCUCCAGGAACAGCGCGAAAUGGUCCGGCGAUAAUCUCCUGCCCUCUGUGGAUGGAUCGGGAUGGUCUUACCUUGUGUUGCAAGGUCAGAUGGUGUCUAAUGAGGGUGUGUCGUCGUCACUGUCGGAUGUUCAAGAUUUUGCCAGCGAGGAUUUGAUGUGCGGAAUUUGGUCUUGGCGAGGAGUUCGGUGUCAAAAGUCGGUGCGAAUACCGCGAUAUUUGACAAAAGUGCUAAAUUUGGCGCCGUCGCUACCUCGCCUGCAUGUGUACAACACAAUUCUCACCUGAUCAUUGUUACAACUCAAUCUGUUACCGAGUACGAGGGUGGUCCCAGACGUGAUGCCCUUGGUUAAAAAUUUCCGAUAAUUCCACCGCG